AUGCCAGCUGUUCUCAGCUUCUCAGGUUUCAUUAUAAAAAGGGUCAUGGUUCCCCGCAUCAGUAUCACCAAGCAAACUGAUCACUUCAGAGGAACGAGAAGUCUACUACGUACGCGCUCUUCGGCACCUCUACCGCUGAUUUCCUCGCCUCUUCAACCGUCCAAGCUACGGCCGCGAUUAGCCGCGGUGCUUAGAGCUUCCCCACACUUCAAACCACAUAGCUCCCGUUCCACGACAAACAACAAUAUUCUCGCCAUGGCUACUGCAACCAAUAUCCAUCUGGACCCCUUGAAGGAUGUCGGUGUCUACAGCUCUGGUAUUCGGGAAGAUGCUGCUCGUGUCACCAGUAAGGUCUUACAAGAAGAUAUGGAGAGACAUCAUGUGUUCUUCAAUGAUGAAGGAUUUCAUAACCAUAUCGUUCAUGGCGUUUUGACUCUCUAUGCACUCGGUGCAUCCUCUGACAAUAUUGUGGCCCAUUAUGAGAGAAACAAGAGCUACCAAAGACCAGCAUACCCUAUCGACAAGGGGAUUGUCCAAACUAUGCAUGAUAGUGUGAAUUUCCAAAGCUACCUCGGAAAGGCAAAGCAGUAUUCGAAUUUUCUCUCUUUUUUCCAAACCGCCAUCGACACCAAGGGAGUCGACUUAGUCCUCGAGGAGUAUAUUUUUGCUGGCGAUGACCGCGCCGAGACCAUGUUGUGCCGACUAUUUGGAGGCCUCGUACACCCGCUCAUCCACCUCGGCUUUGGUCUAGAAUUCAACCAACCUGCCAUUGUGGCACAGGCCCUAGCACAGGCGGCUGUCCAUGAUGACUGGAUGGGCCGCGAAUAUUUUCUCCCGGCGGAGAAAAUGGCCGGUGAAAUCGGAAAGCCCGGCCAGAAGUCACUUCUUCAACUCCUGAAUGAGAUCCAAAGAGAUAAUACUCUGAAAAGCUCUGUCAAGUUCUCUGAUAGCAACAAAUUUCGGGAUGGAGUACUACACCGUGCGCCGAAGGAGAUGCUGCAAUAUGCUGCCCAGUAUACUGUGUCGGAAGAACAGAUACCAGAGAGAGUGGCGGAUAUGAUAAACACUGUCGUGCACUAUACGAGCGCCGCACAGCGCCGCGACAAAGAAGUUAAGAUAGACUUUUUCUUCAUCCACAAUCUUAACUCCUCAAUCUUCUUCUCCACUCUUAUGGACCUCCCGCUCCUCGGCCAGAAAUCAAAAUGCCGACUACUUGAGUGGAAGGGCCGCCUCGAUCUAUUGACAUAUGUCUCUCGCAAUUCCCCAGACCUACUCUUAGAGGAGGUCACGAAUUAUCCAGCAAAGCAAGACUGGGAGGCUGUUAUAUCGCAAAGCGUGGCACAUCCUCAUGAUGAUGGACAUCUGGUCAAGCUUGUGCGGGCUGUGGCGCAUGGUCAGAAUGUGUGCCGGCCAUUUGAGAAGAAGGCUGCCAUGCCAAUAUCUGGGGAUAUGUGGCUCAAGAUUGGAAAUAUGGCUGUGGAUUCCACUGAUGGGUGUGGUACGAAUGGAGCCAUGUGGAUCCGCUCAACAGGCUUUGAUGAAGCGUGGGUGGAUAUAUCAGGACGAGCGCGGUUAUAG